UGUGUGUGUGUGUGAGAUGAAAGAGGCAGGGAUUUCCCAGCAUCUCACUGAGGUUAUGCCAGGAUUUCUUGUGCUGUUCAGACCUCUGUGUUUGACCUGCCCAAAUGGAUCUAAUCCUUUCAGAAUCGAUAUGUACGUGGAAGGAUUAUUCGAUCUGAAUGAGCUACUCAUGCCUUAUGUUUUUCAACCAGCAGAUCAAAAGGAGCAACAUUUUGCUAAUAUGAUGGACAAGGCUGAAAAUAGAUACUUCCCUGUUUUUGAGAAGGUUUUGAAAGACCAUGGAAAAGAUUUUCUUGUCGGCAACCAGCUGAGCAGGGCAGAUGUUCAAUUGCUGGAAGUCAUUUUAAUGGCAGAGGAGUACAAAGCUGAUAUACUUGCCAAAUUUCCUCUCUUGCAGAGCUUCAAAGCAAGAAUAAGCAAUAUCCCAACAAUAAAGAAAUUCCUGCAGCCUGGCAGCCAGAGGAAGCCACCAACAAGAGAGGAAGAUGUAGCCAAAUUGAUGAAAAUCUUCCGCUCCUGAGAAGCACUCUAAAGUUACAGGAACAUUGUUUCACUGUAUUUGCAGAUAGUAGCCGGGUGAAAUUAACGGAAAGAGUGAGAAAAAUCUUUUUGAUCUCUCUUCCUUAGCUACAGGACUGGUUUUAGCCUAUUGCAGACACUUCCAGGUAAACCUAUAAGAGCCUAUUAGCAAAGGAAAUAGUUCAGUGAUGAGGAUGUAUAUUGGACAACACGGGGUGCCUGAAAUAACUAAAGAGAAUACCUGAAAUAAAGUUUUACUAUUGAUACGCAAAA